UUCGAGCUCAACCUCCUCAUCUACCCUACUAUCUUAUCCUGCCAAUAUUCUUCAUAUUCCUCCCCACCCCUAUACCGCGCUGGUGGGUUUACUGACGUGGCACUCAUCUACACGUAACCCGUCGUCCGCCGGUUAUUCAUGGAGCCGUCGUAUCGUAUCGUCUUCACCGGCUAACACACCCGACGCGUACCGGUCAUCGUGCAUAUGGUCGUCUGAGGUAAUUUCUUUCAAUAGCUCCAUCCGCAGUAGUAUUCAUACUGAUCGAUAUUUAUGGCCUUUAGAUCAAUCAUACAUCAUUCAGCGCCAAUUUCAGCGUCAAUUUCCCUUCAUUUCCGCCUUAUUUUUCUGUUAGUGUCCGUGUCAGACGCUACAGGCGCAGUCGUGACUCAUGAGCACGCGUGGACGCGUGUGCGGGCAUUCCAUCCCCGCAUGUCAUCCCCACUCCGGAUCUUCCUUCAUCAUCAUCAUCUUCUCCUUCUCCAACUUCUCUAUGCUAGGCUUCGACUUCGACGUGGGCUUUAUGUUCUUCCCUGCGGAGAUUUAUACCGUCUAUUCUCAACUCACACCCACCGCUCCAUCUCCAUCAAGCUCAACUUCACAUGCCCUCAAUUUCCCUCAAAUAUACAUGCCGGCAUAUCCUCAUCAAAGUAUAUCCUGUAUCGCAUCUAUAAAUUGUAUCACAUAGCCACCCCUUGCGCGUUGACUCGGGUACAGGGCACCGUCUCGUCUCUUCUCGUCUAUCUUUUCGAGAGUGAGGAGCGAAAUGAAUCAGACGUUCGUCUACUUCAAGCCCUUGCUCUUACUCUCUUAUCAUGCUUUCGUUACUCUUUAUCUCAUCGUUUUGGUCUCGUUUCGGUUUAGGUUUCCGUCUGGCGUCGAUCAAUCUGACUUUUAUUCAUCUCAUCUCAUCUUUUUUU